AUGUCAUCGGCUUCUGUCGUUUCCCAAUUACGGGGUCUCCUUGAGAAGACUGGUCAACUUGCGCUCAAGUUCGACAAAAUUUACCCCACUGAGGACCAAUGGAACACUUUGAGUGACUUGAGCAAAAGCCUUGUAACUGCGGCUACGACAAUUUCUGACAAAAUCCGCCUUUUGCGCGAAUCUCGCGCGGAAAGAGCUUGGAAGGAUAGUCAAAAGCUCAGACAACACGCUAUGGCUUGCAAGGGCGACGUGCUAGGCAAUGGCCGACUCAAACAUUCGCCAGUGUUUAGGAGGAACAUUAUUACUAUUUUUGAAGGACCAAAGGAGUCCGUAUUCGACUCGGAGGAUAUCAAAAUUCGAAAAUGUACAACACGUCAAAGAUGUGCGCAGAUCCGAAGACUGAGUCCCGACGGCCUCAUCUCGUGGGCAAUUGCAUUCGCGCCGAGCGUUUGGGCUGGUGGGUCGAUGGCUACCGACAUCUUCACAUGCCUACUAGAUGACAUAGAGCCACAACAGCAACCAUCAUGGCCCCGCGUGAUAGAUGAGACACUGCAAAUGCUAUUGAAGGACGAGACAGCUUUACAGAAUUCUCAGGAAUACAAAGACUUCAUGGAAGCUGGCAAAACCCCACCAAAGGAAGGCCAGGCAAGACAAAAGAAACGGCCACGACUUGACAUUCAGGAGCAAUCCAGUUAUAUAGAACAUGAAAAACGAGCGUCAUUCGAUAGUCAGCAUGUCAAGCACAAGACCUCGCCAGACCUGCCGCCGCAGCCUGGAGUAGUCUAUCCACCUGUUAUUUCACAACCGCCGACCAAAGAAAAUCGGGAAAUGAAGCAUAUGUGCACAAAUGCGCCACUGCGCGUUGUAUCACAGUUGCCAGAGCCAUUUAGAGCAGCAGUCCAGAAUAGUCGCCUUUUCAAAUGGGAGAGAAGUCAGGGGUAUGCAACCACAAACUGUCUCGCAACUCUUUUCCCCAAGGACAAUGCUCAAGAUGUCUCCUUCACCUUUUGGUGCGGCAACUUCGAGGGCUAUGACCUUACUAGUUUAUUUGGUCUCCAGCAUGCUAUGUCAUCUCAGACUUGA